AUGCCUGCAUUCGCUACGGGAUGGAGGAGAUAUGUGCCAGUGAUAGGGUACCAUCAUGUGCUCAUGAUAUUCAUCGCCAUAGCCAUCGUCCUGCUGUCCUUACUACUAGCAGGAUGCUCUUCCACAUCUCCCCUGAUACCCGACAUCUACCUCAUAUCCCUCUAUUACCAACAAUAUCCUGCAAUCUUCUCUACAGUUCAAGUUGAUCCCUCAGUCACGACGGCGAUAGCCAACAUUGUCGGAAAUGCCAACCUCAACGUUCGAGUGGGUUACUUCGGUAUCUGCGUACAAGAAGGAGGUGGAGCAUGGAUGUGCAAUCAGAAUGCCACAGCGUUGGCGGAUCUUGUCACCGUCGAUCAAGAUCCGCUCAACCUAAUAUGGGUCGCCAACACAUUCAAAGACGCAAUUGUGUUCCCAUACUUGAUCAUAAUAGCCAUCAUCCUGGCUUUCCUGACCUUUCUGCUACUGGCAACAUUUCCAGGGUGGCAUACGACGAGGACAGAGGAUGGCAGUGAGCACGAAGUCAAACCUUUCCCAUCACGAGCAGUAUCACAGGUGGCACUAGCAACAAUCUUCAUUGCAAGUGUGUUCGUCUUAGUGAGCGUGAUGUGGCAGCACACGGCAGCAGUGGCGGCGAGUCAAGUUGCACAGGAUCUGGGCAAUGGAAGUGUGAGAUCUGGCGUAGGAACAAGUGCCAUGGUCUUAGGUUGGUUUGGAUUUGGGUUACUGGUUGUGGUGACUCUAGGAUUGCUUGUCAUGAUCCUGAGUAUACAGCUUUUGGACAGGUUAACAGAUGAGGAUUGA